UGCCAUUCAACUUGGAAAAAAGGCAUGCGUAUUCAUAAUCAAUUGAAAACAGGAUACAAUUCGGAAAUAGUAAAGCAAUAGCAAAAUGACAGUAGGGGUUUAAUAAAAGUAAAAUGUGAUCAAGGAUAAGGAAUAUGAAAGAGGUCACAGUAUACUGCCAGCCUUCAUUUAAAUGAGAGUUCCCAAAUCCAGCCUAGAGGCCUAUCCGAAGCCAGACUCUGAAACGGUAGUCGAGAAGUAACCUUGAUCCAUUAUUGAGUUAUUUGGCGUUCGGUUUCUGUAUAUCCCUGUGACAACCGUCACCAUGGUAGAUCUCAAUCCAUUAUUAACCAUGUUGGUGUCUUGUUUUAGUUCACAGGGGCACACCUGGCCCAGGGUUUAACCUCGUCCAUCGGGAUAUAAUGGUUUGAUAAUUGCACUUUAUUUGGGCCUUGCUUCCAAAUAGUGCUUGUGGCCUCCACUUGCAUGAGAUUCUAACAAGAGCCAUGUAAGUCCUUUCGUAUGUGUUUCAAUGGACCGGGCAGAGUUGAAGCGGGACAAAGAGCCGUCUGGGGGGAAAACGGUCCGGUUUCGGGUGGCGUCUGCGAACAGCGGCCGCGUGCUGACGGAGGUGUUCAAAGACACGACGACGGCUUGGUGCGGCUCGGCGUCGGACUCGGUGGACUCCGACUGCGCCAGCAACCCCGAGACGGAGGGCCGGGAGAGCCGAUCGUCGGUCAGCGAGGCCAAUAGCCACCUGAACGGCCUCGCGGGAGCCGCCAUGGCGGCGGCGGCGGACGAUGACGACGGCGGCGGCGGCGCGUGCGAACCCGACGACCUGCUGCUGUACGCCAGUGCCAAGAGAGAGCAACUCUUCAGCAACAAGCGCAUCAAUAUCUGCAGCAAGAACGGGACUAUACGAGGCGUGAGGAACAAGGUCAACGCGGGUCAAGUGCUUUUUAACAACCUGUCCGGCAUGUACUACGGUAACAAUCGUGGCAACAGAUUUCAGAAAAUUCGACCAUGGGAAAAGGAGUAGAGAGAAGAGAAUGGAAGUUGUCAUAUGAUUUGUUGGGUCGUUAUUUUAUGUUUGUAUAAUGUAUUAAGAAGAUAUAGCACAAGGCAUGGUAAUCUGCAGAUGUAACUUUAAACCUAUCGGCUCAUAUGAAUGAAGCCAAAAUAAGACAUCGAUGGGCAUCACAAGUUUUAGAACAGAUUUGGGAAAGAUCAGCAUCCUAGCUUGUUUUAUUGAGUUUUCCUGAAUUGUCCUGAUUUCAAUUUUGUAUUUGUAUUUUUUAAUAUUUUAUAAAAAGCAAUAGUUUAGAACACAUUUAAUACAUUUAAGUUGCAUGUUGUUUUGUAAACGAUAUUGUUUCGAUUUUAAUGAA